AACAAGACCGGCAUCAUGGCGGCGGACACGCAGGUUUCAGACACGCUGAAGAAAUUUGCUGUAAAAGUGACUACUGGCAGCCUUAAAGAGCGCAAGGAGAUAUUUGGAGACUUGAAACAGUGCAUAAAGGGUAAAGAGUUACCAGAGCCUGCUAUCAAAGGACUAUGCAAGCUCUUCUGUCUCACUCCACACAGAUAUCAGGAUUCUGCAUCUCGCAGAGAGCUGCUCUCCGUCAUUGGCCAGAUCGCUGAGACUCAGCCUGAUAUCCUGGUAACCAGCCUCCUUCAAUGCCUUCCCAACAGUGGAGUCAUCAGCAAAAAUGGGCAGCCAAGUAAAAGCACUGGCUCCGCUGCCUUCGUCGGCCUGUCUUGGACCUGCCUUUUAGUCCCCAGAGUGUUUUCUGCCCCAGAGAAGAGAGAAGGACCAAUCUGGAAGAAAAUGGUGGAGGUUCAGAGCCUUCUUGUGGCUGAGGUUGUGGGUGGAGCCAAGACCAUGGCCAAGAAAUCCAGCCUGAAGAAUCUCAGUCACCUCUGGGAGGAUAUACCCGGACUGGUCGAUCACUACCUCAGCACGCUGCUGACUCUGGACCAGAGCCCUACCACGCUGGCCAUCCUGGGGGUCUGCUUAGACUUCUGCGCUGCCCACAAAUGCAAAGAGACGAUUGAUAAGCAUAAGAGUGCCCUGCUGGAUCUUUACGUGAAAACGGUCCUCAUGAGCAAGACAAAACCACAGCAGCACAUUCUGGACAAAAGCGGUUCCUUACUGCGUCACGUGAGCCACUCUGAGUUUAAGGAGCUGCUGCUGCCCACCCUGCAGAAGACCAUGCUCCGCAGUCCAGAGAACGCUAUGCAAACCAUCUCCUGCCUGUUGUCUGCUGUAACUCUGGAUCUCAGUCAGUAUGCAAUGGAUAUCGGAAAGGCCAUCGCAAGUCAGCUAAAAGCUAAUAACGUCCAGCUGAUGGAGGAAGCUGUCCAGGCCAUGCAGAACCUGGCGAAGCAGUGCAGUGACAGCACUGCCGUGCAGGAUAUCGUCACACACCUCUUCAAGAUCCUGGGAGGGUCUGAGGGAAAGCUCACAGUUGUUGCCCAGAAAAUGAGCGUUUUGUCAGGGAUUGCCAGCUGUAGCCACCACGCCGUGUCAGGAACCUCCAGUCAGACUCUUAGUUCAGCAGUCACCGUGAUGUUCAUCCCUUAUUUACAACAAGAAGUUCACGAGGGGACCCUGGUGCACGCCGUAUCCGUGCUCUCGCAGUGGAGCAGCCGUCUCACGGUGGAGGUUCCCACCGCUCUGCUGGACUGGUUGAAGAAGGCGUUCACUCUCAAGGCGUCCACGUCUCUGGUCCGCCACGCCUACCUGCAGGCCAUGCUGGGUGCCUUUAAAGGUGACACUCUGGCUCAAGCCUCAGACCUCGUCCCCUUGCUCCUCCAGACGGUUGAGAAAGCUGCUGCACAAAACUCCCAGCAUGCUCUGCUCGCAGAGGCCGUGGCAGCUUCUGCUCUUCUGAGUCGUCUAGCUCUGCUGGAGACACAAACAGAGGCCAAAUUUACCAACUUUUGGAACCUGAUUUUGGAUGAGAAGAAGCCGCUGUUCACCACAGAGAAGUUCCUCUCCCAGAGCAGUGAUGAGACUCUGGUCACCGUGCUGCUGCUCUGUGAGAGGCUGUUCCUGGAUCACGCCCCCAGACUGAACACCAGCAAGUCACAGAUGUAUCACCAUGCCACAGUUGCAGCUCUGCUGUCUCGGAGCUGGCGUGUGAGGAAGAGAGCUCAACAGACCGUCAAAAAGCUGCUCUCCUCCCUGGGUGGAUCCAGUCUCGCCCGCGGCCUCCUCGGAGAACUCCGCGUGACCAUCAAUAAACACAAAGUUUUACCCCAGGAUGUCCUGGUGUCAGAGUCAGGAGAGCUGACUGAGCUGGGUCGCAGCUACGUUCCUCCCCGAGUCCUGCUGGACGCCCUGUGCACCGUUUGCUGCGCCGCCGGUCAGUGGGGAGACGCCGCCGAGGCAGAGAAUGUGGCCAUGGAGAUCCUCAUCAUUAGUCACCAUCCAUCCAUAGUCAAAGCACGUGCCGGCGUCUGGCCCGUCCUGCUCUCCUCCAUGAACAUAAAAGCCGAAGAAUUCAUUGAGAAGAAUCUGGACGCCAUUCUGCCACAUCUGCUGGAGGUCAACGCCGACAGCCAGGCGGUAAAAAAUGCAGUGGGCGCCCUCAGCGGCCUCUCCCCCAGCCAGCUGUUGCCGCGGGUGAUUGUGCACGUCAUCGAAGGGCUCUCCCGACCUGCCCUGCUUCACGUCACCAGAGAGGAGUACGCCAUCAUGCAGACGCCGGAGGGUCAACUGUACGACAACAGCAUCAUCCAGAGCGCCCAGAAGGAAAACACCAAGAAAGUAAACAUGAAGAGGGAGAACAAGGCCUACUCCUACAAGGAGCAGAUCAUUGAGCUGGAGUUACAGGAGGAGAUGAAAAAGAAAAAAGGCAUCAAAGAUGAAGUGCAACUAACCAGCAAACAGAAGGAAAUGAUGCAGUUGCAGCUGGAAAAAGAGUCUGCAAUUCGCAAACGACUUCAAGGGAUGGAUGUGGAGCUGCAGAGUUCGGUGGGUGUGCUGGAGGCCACUCUGAAAGAGAGACCAGCACAGCUCAGGAGGGAGCUCCCGGCCGUGCUGCAGGUCCUGACGCCCCUGCUGCAGUCGCCUCUGGCUGCUCCGCGCAUCCAGCUGCUCUUCCUGGACAUCGGCGUGUGUCUCAUGCCCAAGAACCUUCAGAAUCUGGCUGAACUUGUGGGUCAUGUGACUUUACGUUUGCUGAAGCCUGAGUGCGAUUUGGACCCGGCCUGGGAACAGGAGGAGCUGGACACAGCAACCACUCGCACCGUCCUGCUGCUGCAUAAUCACACCGUUGCACAGAGGGAGAGCAAGACUGCAGAAGCAGCUCCGCUGUCGGCUCCCGCCUUCUCCUUCUGCUUCCCUCUCCUCAACGCUACGCUCAGGGAUGUGUCGGAGAGCACAGAGGAGGCUGAGGUGAUGAUGACCAGAGCCCUGCAGGUCAUCAAUGAGCACUCCCAGCUUCGGGCCAGCCCAGACAUCGAUGUUGCUAUAGACGAGAAUGGUCCUGAACUGCUGCCCCGAGUCAACAUGCUGCUGCUGCUCACCAGGGUUAUUUCCACAGCCGCGCCCAGACUCCAGGUGUUGGCAUCUCAGUGCCUGACGGCGCUGUGUGUGAGUGCCGGAGGAGAAGAGGGCUGCACGGUGGCCGAGCAACCGGAGAUAGACGUCCUCCUCAACGCCCUGCUCUCACCCUGCUUCUCAGUCCGGGACGCCGCCCUCAGGGGCUUGUUGGAAAUGGAGUUUGCUCUGCCCACCGAUAGUACAGAGGCCAGUGGAAUGAGUUUGCUGCGAAGGCUUUGGGUUGCCAGGUUUGAUGUUGAGACGGAAGGACGGGCCUUGGCUGAAAGGCUCUGGGAGUCUCUGGAUCUGGAGUUGGUCUCCGAGCUGUGUGCCCUGCUGAUCGGAGACAUCACUCACCACGAGGAGGCCAUCCGUUCUGCCGCAGCAGAAGCCAUGUCCAGCGCCGUGUCCCAGUACACCGACCAGUCCGCCACAGUGCUCGGCCAGCUCACCGAGCUCUACCACCAGAAGCUCUAUAGGCCUCCUCCCAUUCUCGAUGCCCUGGGCCGAGUGAUCUCUGAAGCUCCACCCGACCAGUGGGAGGCCCGGUGUGGCAUCGCUCUGGCUCUGAACAAGCUGUCUCAGUAUCUGGAUGAAUCUCAGGUCACCCCUCUCUUCCUGUUCUUUGUCCCCGAUGCUCUGAAUGAUCGGCACGCUGAGGUGCGGCGCUGCAUGCUGGACGCGGCGCUGUCAGCACUCAACACUCACGGGAAGGAUAACGUGAGUUCCCUGCUGCCAGUGUUUGAGGAGUUCCUGAAGAAUGCCCCACAGGACGCCAGCUACGACUCUGUCCGUCAGAGUGUGGUCAUUCUCAUGGGAUCGCUGGCCAAGCAUCUUGACAAAAAUGACCCCAAGGUCAAACCCAUCGUGGCCAAGCUUAUAACUGCACUCUCGACACCUUCACAGCAGGUCCAGGAGUCCGUGGCGGGCUGCCUGCCUCCUCUGGUUCCUGCCAUCAAGGAGGACGCCGCAGGAAUCGUACGCAACCUGCUGCAGCUGCUGCUGGAGAGCGACAAAUACGCAGAGAGGAAAGGAGCGGCGUACGGACUGGCCGGACUGGUCAAGGGUCUCGGCAUCCUGGCGCUCAAACAGCAGGAGAUCAUGGCCACGCUAACGGACGCCAUCCAGGACAAGAAGAACUUCAGACGAAGGGAAGGAGCCUUGUUUGCCUUUGAGAUGCUGUGCAACAUGUUGGGGAAGCUGUUUGAGCCGUACGUGGUGCACGUGUUGCCACAUCUCUUGCUCUGCUUCGGAGACGGGAACCAGUAUGUCCGAGAGGCUGCAGAUGACUGUGCUAAAGCUGUGAUGAGGAACCUGAGCGCCCACGGAGUGAAGCUGGUGCUGCCCUCUCUUCUGGUGGCCCUGGAAGAGGAGUCCUGGAGGACUAAAGCAGGCUCAGUGGAGUUGUUGGGCGCCAUGGCUUUCUGUGCCCCCAAGCAGCUGUCGUCCUGCCUGCCCAGCAUCGUGCCCAAGCUGACGGAGGUGCUGACAGAUUCCCACGUGAAGGUGCAGAAGGCCGGCCAGCAGGCCCUCCGGCAGAUCGGCUCCGUCAUUCGGAACCCUGAGAUCUUGGCCAUCACUCCCAUCCUGUUGGACGCCCUCACGGACCCGUCUAAGAGGACCCAGACGUGCCUGCAGACUUUGCUCGACACCAAGUUUGUGCACUUCAUCGACGCCCCGUCUCUGGCCCUCAUCAUGCCCAUCGUGCAGCGAGCGUUCCAGGACCGUUCUACUGACACCCGCAAGAUGGCCGCCCAGAUCAUCGGCAACAUGUACUCUCUGACCGACCAGAAGGAUUUGUCACCGUACCUGCCGAGUGUUAUUCCUGGACUCAAGACCUCCCUGCUGGACCCAGUGCCUGAAGUACGAACAGUGUCAGCCAAAGCCCUGGGGGCCAUGGUGAAGGGGAUGGGUGAAUCCUGCUUUGACGACUUACUGCCGUGGCUCAUGGAGACGUUGGCAUCGGAGCAGAGCUCUGUGGACCGUUCUGGAGCCGCUCAAGGUCUGGCUGAGGUGAUGGCUGGGCUGGGGGUGGAGAAGCUGGACAAACUCAUGCCGGACGUCGUGCAUACCGCCAGCAAGGUGGACAUCGCUUCCCAUGUCAGAGACGGCUACAUCAUGAUGUUCAUCUACCUCCCUCUCACCUUUGGAGAUAGAUUUACUCCCUACGUUGGGCCCAUCAUCCCCUGCAUCCUCAAGGCUCUGGCUGAUGAGAAUGAGUACGUGAGAGACACGGCGCUGCGAGCCGGCCAGCGGAUCAUCAGCAUGUACGCCGAGACCGCCAUCGCAUUGCUGCUUCCCGAGCUGGAGCAAGGCCUGUUCGAUGACCUGUGGAGAAUCAGGUUCAGCUCGGUACAGCUGCUGGGAGAUCUGCUCUUCCACAUCUCCGGAGUAACAGGGAAGAUGACCACGGAGACGGCCUCGGAGGAUGACAACUUUGGGACUGCUGCGUCCAACAAAGCGAUCAUCUCCGCCCUGGGAGGCGACCGGCGUAACCGCGUCCUCUCCGGCCUCUACAUGGGCCGCUCGGACACCCAGCUGGUGGUCCGCCAGGCCUCUCUGCACGUGUGGAAGAUCGUGGUGUCCAACACCCCCAGGACGCUGAGGGAGAUCCUGCCAACCCUCUUUACUCUGCUGCUGGGCUUCCUGGCCUCCACCUGCCCAGACAAGAGAACGAUCGCCGCUCGGACGCUGGGCGACCUGGUGAGGAAGCUGGGAGAGAAAAUCCUCCCGGAGAUCAUCCCUAUCCUGGAGGAGGGGCUGCGCUCGGACAAGAGCGAUGAGAGGCAGGGCGUGUGCAUCGGCCUCAGCGAGAUCAUGAAGUCCACCAGCAAGGAUGCGGUGCUCGUCUUCUCCGAGUCGCUGCUCCCCACGGUGAGGAAGGCUCUCUGUGAUCCUCUGGAGGAAGUCCGGGAGGCUGCGGCCAAAACCUUUGAGCAGCUCCACGCAACCAUCGGUCACCAGGCGCUGGACGACAUCCUGCCCACCCUGCUGAAGCAGCUGGACGACGAGGAAACGGCGGCGUUCGCUCUGGACGGGCUGAAGCAGGUCAUGGCGGUGAAGAGCCGCUCUGUGCUGCCGUACUUGGUUCCAAAGCUCACGGCUCCUCCUGUGAACACCCGCGUCUUGGCCUUCCUGUCCGCCGUGGCCGGAGACGCUCUGACCCGCCACCUGGGAGUCAUCCUGCCCGCCCUCCUCUCCUCACUUAAGGGAAAACUUGGAACAGAAGAAGAACCGCAGGAGCUGUGCAACUGUCAGACGGUGAUCCUCUCCGUGGAGGAUGAGGUGGGCCAGCGGAUCAUCAUUGAAGAUCUGCUGGAGGCCUCUCGAGGAUCUGACCCGGGCCUCAGGCAGGCCGCCGUCACCAUCCUCAAUGCGUAUUUCGCUCGCACUCGCCUGGACUACAGCGCGCACACACGCAACCUGCUGUCAGGCCUCAUUCGUCUCCUGAAUGAUACCAACCCCGAUGUGCUGGUUCAGAGCUGGGACACCAUCAACUCCAUCACCAAGAAACUGGAUGCGAGCAGCCAGCUGGCUCUGAUUGACGACCUCCAUCGAGACGUUAGAUCAGUGGCAGGAGACGUGAAGGGUCAGCACCUCCCCGGGUUCUGCCUGCCCAAGAAGGGUGUGACCUGCAUCCUACCAGUCCUGAGGGAAGGCGUCCUCACUGGCAGCCCCGAGCAGAAAGAAGAGGCGGCUAAAGCGUUGGGAGCCGUCAUCAAACUCACCUCGCCCGAGGCUCUACGGCCUUCUGUCGUGAACAUCACUGGACCUCUUAUCCGUAUCCUAGGAGACCGCUUUGCCUGGACGGUGAAGACGGCUCUGCUGGAGACUCUCACAGUGCUGCUGGCGAAGGUGGGAAUCGCCCUGAAGCCUUUCCUGCCACAGCUGCAGACCACGUUCCUGAAGGCCCUGCAGGAUUCCAGCCGCGGCGUGAGGCUGAGGGCCGCCGAGGCUCUGGGUCAGCUGGUCUCCAUCCACGCCAAGGUUGAUCCGCUCUUCACCGAGCAGCUCGCUGCUAUCCGCAACGCCGAGGACUCCGGAGUCAGAGAGACGAUGCUUCAAGCCCUGAGGUUCGUCAUUCAGGGGGCCGGAUCAAAGGUGGAUCCGGCGAUUCGCAAGAACAUCACCAAUGCAUUACUCGGCAUGCUGGGACACGAUGAGGAUGCGACUCGAUUGGCUUCAGCCGGCUGUGUUGGUGAGCUGUGUGCCUUCCUGUCAGAAGAGGAGCUGAAGAGUGUGUUAACUCAGCAUGUCCUAGCUGACAUGUCUGGUGUGGACUGGAUGGUCCGCCACGGCCGCAGCUUGGCUCUGGCCAUCGCCGUCAAGUGUGCUCCUGAGCGGCUGUGUGAGAAAGAAUACUGUGACACUGUGACGGAGACCAUUUUGGCCAAUGCCACUGCUGACAGGAUCCCCAUCGCUACCAGUGGGAUCAGAGGAAUGGGAUACCUGACGAGGCACCAUCUCAAAACAGCGGGAAGCGGUGGUGUUUCACAGCGCAUCAUCACACAGUUCGUUAAGUGUCUUCAGAAUCAGUCCAGUGACAUCAGACUGGUAGCAGAGCGUGUGAUAUGGUGGGUUUUCAGAGACCCGUCACCGCCCAUGGACACCAGCCUCAUCAAACCUCUGCUGAAGAGCCUGUUGGACAACACCAAGGAUAAGAACACCACCGUAAGAGCCCAGAGCGAACACACCAUCGUCAACCUGCUGCGACUCCGACAGGGAGAGGAAACCAUGCAGAGUAUGACCGCCAUUCUGGACUCUGCAAGUAACGACCUGCUGUCAGAGUGUCAUCGCCGGUCACUGAAGAAAAUCGCCAGCCUUCCAGACUCCAAUGAAGAGGUGGAUGACACCAUCUUAACAUGAUGAAGCAGGACUUGACAACAAAAUAAAACCUGCAAAGAUCAAGAGAAGCUCGACUCAUAGAAACAAAUCUUCAAUGUAUGAGAACCCCAGACACUCUCAGCGCGCAUGUUCAUAAAGCCCUGCACAGACGGAGGCAGAGAUGGGUUUUGUUUCGACUGUAUCUCCCGACAAAAAUGUUUCAAUCUCUCACUUAACAUCGUUUUAGCGGCUUUUAAGCCCAUUUUUUUUAUUAGUUUAUUUUAUCGUGUGAUGUGCAGGUUAGUUCCCUGUACUGAACUUCAUAAGGAAGACACAAUGCCAAACCUGUUUUUGAUAUUUCAGUGUGUUGCUAUCUAUUUUACUAAAACGAUUUCAAGCAUUUAGGAUGCCUCUGUGACGAAACAGCAGCCCCCGUCUUUCAUUUUUAUUUGGACCUUGUGUGUAAGAGAUGUUUGGGGGAAAGCAACUUCUUAUGAAAAGACAAAUCAUUCUCAUCAGUGAUACUGUUGUAAAAAGGCAAUGCAAAAUAAAAAAAUAAAAAAAGA